GUCAUCGUAAAGGUCCAUCCUUGUUUUCUCCCCCACGCUUUUUAGAGCGGAGUCUGAUCAAUGUCACGUCUUCCGCCCCCGGAAAAAGGGAGUGGUGAUAGCCCUCUGCAGCAGGAGUUCGCCUUUUUUGAGCAUGGGAACAGUCAACAAGGCUCUCGGAGCCAUGCGAUGCGAGAACACUGGAAACAACGGCGCCAGAGACUGAACCACGAAAAGAGGAUGAGAGAAAAUCGGCCACAGCAAAUACUCUUGCCGACCCCUUCAACAAGCUCUGCGGCAGAUUCGCAAUCGACAACCGAGAACGAAAACACUGGCAGUUCCAAUGUUGUGGCGGAGGAUAAUAUGUCAUUUGAUUGGGGGGCCAUGUCUGAUAGCGACCUCAAUUUAGUCAUGGACGGAAUUCCCCGCCAAGCACUCUCUGGGCUUAAUCUCGCCUUAGGAUCUAGUCGACUCGACCCCUUUGACAAGUUUCCUAUCAAGCUCACGGCCGAGCAUCACAAACUUCUUCAUCACUGGCUUAGCACGUACGGGGUCAUGAUGUUCGAAGACCCCUGUAGCCAAACCUUCAACCCUAUGCGUGACGUAUGGUGCCCGCUGGAUUUGUCCAACGCAGCAUCCUUCAAUGCAAUAAUGGCUCACUCAGCCGCUCAUCUAUCCAGGAUGCAGGGCUGUACCCGAUCAAACGAAGCAUUGAGGUUCAAGACUGAGGCGGUACGGAUUGUUCAACUCUGGAUGAGCGAUCCUGUACUUGCUUUGGGAGAUGACGUCUUGGCUGCAGUCCUACGCUUGUUAACCUACGAGAGGUACUGGGGAACCGAAGCCGAAUGGCGCGUCCACCAUAACGGGCUGUUGAACUUGAUUCAAGCCCGUGGCGGAAUCGAGGCACUCAAGAGUAAUUGGCGACUUGAACUCACAACCUUCUUGGUAUCAUUAAUGUCGAAACCAUCCUGGUUCGACUGCUCGAACCAGAUCGGAGAACUGUCAACUCAACCCUUGGACCCGUCGGUACAUCCUGUUCUGGGUGACGUGGGCAAUUUGCAUCGGAUACGCUGUCUAUGGCUUCUCUCAUUCGUCCAAGACAUGGGGACUUUCAGAAGCAACUCUCCAGAGAUCAGUUCCCACGGAAUGACACAAUACACAGCUCUUCAUGAAGUUCUGGUGCUUCUGAAGACGCACCUUCGAGGCCAUGAAAUUGACUCGAAACGACUGGAUUCUUGCAGCCAACCCGAGUUUACGAGGCUCGCAUGUCUGUUUUUCAUAUGCAUCUUGCUGCAGCAAGCUACCUCAGUUUCCACUCCCACCCCAGAAUCUGGCCACGAAGGCGGCCCAAGAUCCCAUGAUAUGGACGCUCUGAACCUUUUCGAUUUCUUCCUCAAUACGAAUAGGUCAAUGUGGCAGAGUUCCAUCGACGACCUCUACAAUACCCUCUUUUUCCAUUUCGAUAUCCCAGGAGGAGCAGGUCCAAGGUCGGAAUACGUUCAGCACAUGACUAGUGUAAUGGCAUCUAUGAGUGGCGGAGUUCGCUGUGGAGUGGAAAGAUGUCUGCUGAAUAUCCUUUGCCGGACGGAGGGCAAUGGAUACAACGCAUUCGAUCAAGAAUGGACACCAGAUUCGUUGUUAUCGUCGAUACCCGCACAGUAAAAGCUUAGAGUUAAAUGAUAGUAUAAUUGUUAAUAUUAGUUGAUCCAUU